AUGUCCCAGUCUUCUUCGAGACCGAUCCUACAGUGGUCUACGGAGCAAGCGCGUUCCCAACUUACUGCGACGACCGUCAGUAUUGGGACAUGGAACGGGAGAGAAAUGCAUUUCAGCGUGCUUGUCUACAUCUCCGACGUCCUCCAUGGCGUCGUUCCGGCAGAGUCGCUCCGUCGAGCAUAUCGAAUUUACAUCUCUAUGUGCAAAAGGCAGUGUAGGAAAUGCAGGAAAGCGGACUCUCAUGAAGGAUGGACCGUACCUGCUCCUCGGUCUGGUCGGAGGGAAACAUGGAAUUUGGAGAUCCUGGAAAUGGAUGCCGAGUGGGACAUACUAAUUGAGUAUCUAUCUCGGCAUAACCGGCUGGCCAAUUUGGGCGCUCUUAUACGUCGCAAUCACCAGCACAAUACCAAAUUGGAAUCAAUAUGCAGCUUGCGAUUUUACUAUGGCUUACGCGGCAACGAAAUGCAACACUUGAACAACAUUACCACCUUGCAGCUUCAAUCGGUCGAAUGGCUUCGCUCCCAUUCAUUACCUCAACUGCGUCACCUCUCGAUAUAUCUGCAUACAGCAGCUUUACCAGAGUUUGUGACAUGGCUUCAAGACCACGGCUAUAGACUAUUGACAUUGUACUGCCAAGGCAUAUUUAGCAAAUUUGAUGUGACACCUUCAAUAUGGCUCCUCUGUCCAGAGGCGACGGCUCUACAAUUACCACCGACAUUCAAAUGGAUACCUCCACCAUCAAGCCAUCCCAUUACACACCUUCGACUUGAUCUUGCUCUGCGCCUCAAUCUCGAAGAGGAAGCGUGUUCAUAUUGUGGAACAGCACACCCUGGAGUAAUGGAGUUUCCUGUUCUCUCUGUUGAAGAGUUUAUCGACUCAGGUAUAUGCCAAGCUGCCUUUAAUGAUAGUUGGAGUUGGAUGGUCAGAGGGUUUUCGGUUCCGACCGACAUACUGUGUCUCGUAGCGAUACUACGUAUGCACGGAGUCCUAUUGGUUGACAAGGAUCACCUGACAAUCGAAGAUUACUGGGUCGCCGAGCUCGAGGUAGCCCGCUGGGGCAUUCGUGAUUAUACUAAUGUCCUUUUCGGUUUCUAA